AUGGAUGACGCUGCUGUCCUCAAGCGGCGAGGCUACAUCAUGGGGAUAAAUUUGGGAGAGGGCUCGUACGCAAAAGUCAAAUCUGCUUACUCUGAGCGCCUGAAGUUCAACGUGGCAGUCAAGAUCAUUGACCGCAAGAAAGCCCCCAUGGACUUCUUGGAGAAAUUCCUUCCCCGGGAAAUUGAGAUUCUGGCCAUGCUAAACCACCGCUCCAUUGUCAAGACCUACGAGAUCUUCGAGACAUCAGACGGCAAGGUCUACAUCGUCAUGGAGCUCGGGGUCCAGGGUGACCUCCUCGAGUUCAUCAAAACCCGGGGGGCCCUGCAUGAGGAUGACGCUCGCAAGAAAUUCCACCAGCUCUCCUCGGCCAUCAAGUACUGCCACGACCUGGACGUCGUCCACCGAGAUCUCAAGUGUGAGAACCUCCUCCUUGACAAGGACUUCAACAUCAAGCUGUCUGACUUCGGCUUCUCCAAGCGCUGCCUGCGGGACGGCAGUGGCCGCAUUAUCCUCAGCAAGACCUUCUGCGGGUCGGCGGCAUACGCGGCCCCCGAGGUGCUGCAGGGCAUCCCCUACCAGCCCAAGGUGUACGACAUCUGGAGCCUGGGCGUGAUCCUCUACAUCAUGGUCUGUGGCUCCAUGCCCUAUGAUGAUUCCAACAUCAAGAAGAUGCUGAGCAUCCAGAAGGAGCACCGCGUCAACUUCCCCCGCUCCAAGCACCUGACAGGCGAGUGCAAGGACCUCAUCUACCGCAUGCUACAGCCGGACGUCAACCGGCGGCUGCACAUCGACGAGAUCCUCAGCCACUGCUGGGUGCAGCCCACGGCACAGGGCCAGUCCUCUGAGGCCAUCAACAAGGAGGGGGAGACCUCCUGGGGCCCUGAGCCCUCAUGGACCCCUGAGACCCCUGACAAAAAGUCUGCCACCAAGCUGGAGCCCCGGGAGGAGGCACAGCCCGAGACACAGUCCCAGCCAAAACCCGACGAGGAAGAGAUGUUGCAAGUGCCGGUGUCAAGGCAGUUGGACACCACGGGUCUUAACGGAGAGAUGCCUGGCAGGGAGACAGAAGAGGUCCUCCCACAGCCUUCAGAGACACACACCUAG